CAGCACUGUCGGUUGGCCAAAAGUUAAACGUUCACACUGUGGGCAGAGGAAAAAGUAUUGUUUUCUGGAAAACAUGGCUAAUUGCAGAUAAAACGCGACUUGCAAAUUCGGCAAAUCUGUUUUUAGAGCCACCAAUAAGGCGACAAUUAGACAUAAUACAGAGACACAACAAAAUUGACGCGUGUUAAAUGCAAACAAGAAAAUUCCAACACAGACCUUGAGUGGCUAACACACACACACACACUUGCAGGCCCUCCACACCUGCGUCACACAUACACACCACACACACAGUGAUAAAGUGGAGCGAGAGAGAUAGAAGAUCGAACCGUUCCCAGCGUUUUUGUUGUUCUUCUUGAAGCAGGAAGUGAAUUUUAGGGGAUCCUUUUACUGAAUUUUGCAGCUGGCAUUAUGGUGAAUGUACCACCGCUGCUCUGCAGCACCCCCCCGCCCAUCGAUUUUGGUGAGGAAGACGACGAUUCCGGUUUACAAUCCACCAUCCAUUUGGACGAGGGUGACGAAUACUCAGAUUUUGGCUUAGUCAGCAGCUCGAAAGAACCCCCUCCACCACCAGAUCCCGUGGAGGAAUUUCGAGAAAAGCCACCUGAUUUGCUGGAAGACAAACAAACCGUCGAGGCAUUUAAUUACCAGGUGAAACAGAAGAUGGAUUACGAUGUUUUCGAGGAAACAGCACCGCCGACGCCGCCUCCGUUGAGCUUGGAACUGGAUGAUGAGGAACUGGAGGAGCAUGUGCCCUCCCUUAAGUUGGACAGUCUAAGUCUCUAUUCCACGGAAAGCGUUUCUGCCGCCUCCACACUCUCACCGGUUGCGGAGACUAGUGCAGUUGCUCCGCCGGCUAUGCAAACAACCAAAGCCCAUAUCCUCAGCCACCAAGUCACGCUGGAGGAUGUGUCCGAUGACAGCGACGAGGAGUGCUCGCCAAAGAAGCCCAAAGAACUAUUUAUACGCGAGGGAGCUGUGGAUUUCUUUGCCAUAGAGGUAUUGGCCACUCCAACCCUACCAUAUGGAGAAGGCUUUUCGGAGGAGAAUGUGGAUACAGGGAAAGGAGAAUACGUAGAGAAUACCUCCCAGCCAGAAGAAAGCUUUAGAAGUUUGGAAGCCCAGGAGGAAAGUUCAAAUACCUUAGAAAAGCCUAUGGAAAAUCAAAGCCGUGGCUUAUCAAAUCCUCCAAAUCAGGAGGAAUCCCCUCACCAAUGGGGUGAACCAGCAAAUAGUGAUACAUAUUCAUUUACAAAUCUUGAUGCGACGCCAAAAGACUUAGUACACAAAGAAAUUGUUCCCGAAAUGCAAGAGCAAGAAGAUGAUGAUGACUUCGGUGACUUUGCGGAUUUCUCAGCAGCAGAACCCCAACUAGAAAUCACGGAGAAUUCAACGUCUGCCUUUGAGACACCUUCCUUAGCAAUCAAUUCCCGAACGGAAUCUCAACCUCUAGAGGUUAAGACGGCUCCUAGCACAGAAGAAUCCUCUAAGUUACCUCCUGCAGAGACCGAUGAUGGCUUCGAUGAUUUUCAGGAGUUUGCCACUCCUGCGAAUGGAAACCACGGUCAAAGCGAAGACGACGAUGAUUUUGGCGACUUCGCCGCGCCCGUAGUGACUCCUGUUUCUGUACCUCCGCCACCGCCGCCAGCUGCUGUCCAUCUGAGCAUAGAUGAAAGGGUUAAGCCAGUCCUUGAUAUGAUGUUUCCACAACCAACGGAACUGGACAGCAAAAGUAUGGACAAUCGCAGGCCUUUGGCUCAGUGCCAGCGAUUCAAUUUUGGUGCCAUAGAGCAUGCCCAAGCCCUUGAUUACCAAUGGAGCAGCUCGGAAAUGAGACACGCCCUUGUUCGAUCGCUGGGCAUCGAUUCAAGGAAUAUACUCUUCGGCGACAAGUGGAACUCAUCGAUGCCACGUUUUGCUGCCAACCUGAGCUUUGAUCCGCUGAAGCCGCUGAAACCUCAAUCAACCGGCGCCGCAAGCAGCCUGGAGCCCAUUUCCAAUUCCACCAGCUACCAGGGAUUGGAAAACGCCGCCGCAACAACGGCGAGCCAAACUGAAACGCGGACUGGCCCGUCUCAUGGGGAAGGCUCCACCGGCUCCUGUUCCGCCAGCAAUUCCGACGGCGAAGAGCGACCGAGUCAUAGCCACCAGCCAACUGCAGUCCCCAGCCCCGAAUCGAACCAUAUUGAAUCCACAGCAGCGGCAUCAGCAGCAGCUGUUGCUGCAGCAGCAGCGACGCUACCGACUACUCUAUCAGCAGACAGCCCUGCCCACAAACUCAACGGCGGUGAGCAGCUGCAUCAGCAGCGGUCGGAGCCGGAGCAGUUUGAUUUGAGGACCACUCCUCCGGCCGCAGCGCCAGCUCAGGAGGAGAUCGUGGGCAGCUCGAUGGCCAGCUAUUCGGUGCCGCUGAAGGAGACCCAUAUCUAUACGCCCUCCAAAUCGGAUACGGCGGUGGCCAAGACCACCACACUAGCGCCCAUUGAUUUCGACUACGAGAUGGCUGCGACGGGCAUUAUCAUCGAUGAGACGGUGGUGAAGAAGGAGUAUCGCGACGUGGAGUACAAACCCCCAUUUGGUCUGGAUUCGCCCAGCAAACUGAGUGGCAAUGGAGCUGCCAGCAGCUUUCAGUUGCCACCACAGACGACGGAAGAUGACGACUUUAGUGAUUUUCAAUCUAUGCCGGCGCCAAGGUCUCGAAUUGAUACACCCACUUUUGGCGAACAGAUGAUCCUUAGUCCGGCUAUUCUGCUGCCCCAAGCCAUUCCGCUGGCAAAGAAGCCAGCUGCAACUAUUGAAUGGGGCGACAAUGCUCUGUCUAGCAUAAAUGCCGAGGAAAUGGCCAGGAUAGAGGAGUUGUUCUCCUCGCAGGCCAAACCGCUCACCAUAAGCGCUUCGGUGGCCAAGAAACCAGCUCCUUCCACGCCAGCUCAGUCUCAGCCUCAAGAAGACGAUGAAUGGUCGGACUUUGUCUCUGUUCCAGUCACCCAACAGCAACCGCAUCAUCAGCAAAACGCAAUUGCUAACAACAAUAAUAUAGUCAACAGCAACGCUAGGAAACCAGCUGCUCCCAAAGAAGAUGAUUGGUCGGAUUUUGUGAGCAGUACUCCGCCAGCACGACCGGCUCCACAAUUCAAUUCCGGUGCGUGGCAGAGCGCUAAUUUCUACAACAAUCCCUUGAGUUUGUACCAGGCGCAGCAGCAGCUGCAGCAACAGCCUCAUAGCAAUCUAGUGCCCAAGGGCAGCACCAGCAGCAGCAAUAACAACAAUGUGCCAGCCAUUCCACAGCAAAUACACAUCAUGCACGACUUCUCGACUGCACCCGUGUCUGGAGGAUUGGGUGUGGGUGCCACCUACCAGCAGCAGCAUCAGCGGCAGCAGUUCCAAAUCGGCAACGCCAAGGUGGCUCCACGCAUCUCCCUGAUCCCCGAUCUCAGCUUCGUUGCACCGGCCUUGCCCACAAAUGCUGGUGCGUUCAUGGGUGCGCUACCGAAACCCACUUUCGGUGGCAAGAAAUGACACAAGAAGCUGAGGGUGGGCGGUGGGCGGCUCCAGCAGCAGCAGCAGCGUCCGCAUGUGGGCGCUCCUCGCCCACUGGGUGGCGGCGAGGCCACCAUCCUCACAUAGGCGAAAGGAUCGAUCGCGCACCCGGGUAGCCAGUCAGUAUUAUGAAUCCGUCUGAUAUUCACCAUAAUCCGAACCGUCACACAUUGUAGUUUUGAGGCAAGCUGUGUUCCAUGUUGUUGUCGUUGUUGUUAACCUUGUCGUUGGCAUAAUUGUUGUUGUUGUUGUGCAUGCAUGUUGUAGUCUUAGGCGUAAAAAUCAGGAUUUAGAACGAAACAAACAAGUAACCAUUUUGUGCUAUAGUUUGAUUCUAAAUUUAUGUUUUACUUAAUUUGACGAAAAAAAUUAUACUUUUGAAAAAUAAUAUUUUGUAGAGCGAAAAAACUGUUAGUAUGCUUGAAAAAUUCUUUGUUUUUAUCUAAUAUUAUUUAAAUGAUCGGAUAUACUUUUAGAAUUCGAAUUAUUGGGUAAAUAAGUCAAAAAACUCUAGAAGAAUUGUAAAGUAAAACGAAAAAGAAUACCGCACACCAGUGAAAUUAUGUAAUUUAAGGGAUAUUUCUGAAAUCCUGCGAGAUUUUAAGGUUUAAGCUUAUGCAUCCGAUAGCAUGCAAUAUCUCUAUGCGGUCAUAUCAAUAUAACAACAUAAGAUUUAUCAUAGAUGACCAAAAAAGAAAAGAUACAAAUUAAUAACAAGGAUUUCGGAAGUAUCCCAAGUAAGGAAAAAAUCGGCAUUACUUUUAAAAAUGUAAAACUAUUAGUUCCAUGAUGAUUUUAGCUUUAAUCAACCCCAAAGUUAGAACCCUAAAUCGGAAAACUCCGCCUAUCUGAGGAAUAUCAUCAGUUAAUCCCUGCGGCAAAGCCUACAAAUGCAUUCCACUAGCGGCGAACUUCCCCUUUUGUAUAUCCAUAACAAAUACUCCAAUGCGAUUGCGGGCCACCACCACCACAUGGAUGAAAACCCAACCCGCCUGAUGCGAAUUUUUUCUAUAUUGUGUACUUAUAACAAGCGACAGGAAAGCGAACUAACCAAGCAAACAUAGUUAACGUGUUGUAUAUGAAAUAGGAUUUGUUAGUUGAUAGAAGAACUCCCAUGCAUUCCAAGUGUAAAUGAGUGUGACUGGUUGCCAUGAUGAUCUCCAGGUAAUCGCUGGAAAACGAAACCCAAUCCGCUCCAGUUCUUGAUUAUUGUUUUGUUCGUGUUAAUGUGUUUUCAUUUAUUUAUUUUACUUUAUGUUACGCACUUUAAGUUGAAUGUGUCUGUGUGUGUGUGUGUCUGAAAAAUUAUAAACAAUUAUCGACUAAAACUAAGUGUUUGAUGUAAUCAUAUGUUUUUAGGCUUAAAUGUAAAUUACAAAUAGAUUUCAAUUUGUUUUGUUUCAUUUUGCCAAGUCAAUGAAAAAAAAAGGUAAAAACAAGAACAUGAUUAUAGAUGGUUGCUGCUUGGUUUUAAAUAAAUGAAUUACCUAUGUACUAGAACGUAUUAAAAUAUAUUUACCAUAUUGUAUAAUUAAAAGAUAUGCGCUGAUUAAAAUAAACCUAUUUAAAAAAAC